AUGGAGUUCAGACGUCCCGCAGAGGACAAGAAGCUAAAAACAUCCGAGGAGGAUAUGCAGAUUCAUAUACCAAAGCCACCCAAGGGUCGUCAAAAGCCAGCGCUGACGGCUUGUGUGCGUAAAACACAGCCGGCUGAUGAAGUACGGGAUGCUGUGAAUCUGGACCCUCGCUCUCAACUUCCGGACGACACAGGAUUGGAAGGGCUUCGGUUUGAUGACCAUGGGAUGGUUCUUCCCCACAGCAUUCUGGGUAGUUUAGAGGAUUUCAGAAGUUAUCUGGAGGCCAAAGGGGAGACAGAGUGGGUGAAGCUCAUCCCGAAGUCCAAGAGAUAUGAUCCAUCCGAGGCCCUCGGGACGCGUCACUCUGAGGCUGCGGAGAGUGGGCGUGGCCUCCCGUCAGGCCACAGGAACGUGCAGUGUAAUGCGCUGCAGCAUUGGCACACGCACAUGACGCAGCGCAGGCAGCAGCAGGACUUCUUAUCUGAGUUGCUCGACAGGCCGGUCGAAAACUUGCUGAUGAACCAAGCGAACCACUUCAGAGAAACUCAGGAGAAGAGAGAGUUCCUAAACCAAGUCAUGCCACUCAUCCACUCUGGAUAUGGUUACCGCGUGGGCAGUGAGUUUUGGAGCCUGCCUCACCAUUAUGGAGAUGAAUUGAGUGGCAUCACCGCCACGCUGACUCAGACCGAGCAGGGCAGACGGGAGCCCGUCACACACGUGGGACAGCCGAGCAGCGUACGCCAGGAAUCGGGAAUAAUGUCUGCUGAGACUCUGCGUCCGGCCUCUCGGACCUGGGCCCAGAGUGCAUACCUGCAGCGCCGGUGUCAGGAGCUCGGAGAGGUUCUACGGGACAUGGACAUGAAGACGCCGGAGAUCAAUGGACUGGAGGUCAUUGGCUCGAGCGAGCCGUUCACUCGUGUCUCAGUGUGUCGCGACCUCCCCCCGGAGAAGGAGGAAGAGGAGAAAGAGCACGAGAAGAUGAAGAAGGAGAGCCUCGAUCCACUGGCUGAUGAUGAUGAGCGGCCAGGUGCUCUUCUCAUUCCUGCCUUGAGGUUCUGUGGGCAGCUCGCGAGCUGGACAGGCAACUCGACCGCUCGGCAGGGAGAAGUCGGACUCAGUGCCACGUUAAUAUUUGAGGCCCCGACUGGUGAAAGAGCCUCUUCGCACCUGGAGCUGCACAAUGAGGGCAGCACGGCCAUCUUCUACAGCUGGGAGCAGCUUCCCGUGACACGCAGCUUUCCGAUACAGCGACCGCGGACAAAGAAUCAGCACUUCUACUUCAACUCGUCCUCUGGUGUGAUCCGUCCAGGUGACGCCCAGCGGGUUGAGUUCAUAUUUAAGUCCGAGGAGUCGGGCAUCCAAAGUGAAGUGUGGCAGCUCAACACCCACCCGGUGCUGCUGCGAGGAGCCUCCAUGCAGCUCGCACUGAGAGGAGUGGCCCUGUACCAGGACAACACUGCAGACCAGAGGCUUUUCAUAGAGACAAAGCUGGAAGAGAUAGUGAAGGUGAAACUGUGCCGGGCGAUUGUGGAUGAGGUGCUUCGGGGGGUCCGCAGCCCAGAGAGACCGAGCUCUCCGGCAGAACUCUACGUCACUGAAGAGCAAGUGUUUUUGGGCAAAAACCCCGAGUUGCAGUACCUUCCUCAGCCAGUGGAGGACCUAAAGACACUGUGGCAAGAAGUGCAUCCGGAAAGCUCCUGGGACUUCUCUGUCCACACACUCCGACAGGUUGUGCUGUCUGUGCGUGAGGAAGAGGAGCCGGCGCAGGAGAAGAGCCUGGCCCGACUCAACUCCCUGCUUCUGCAACUUUAUGAACCUCCUCAACUUCAUCACCGCCCGCUGACAGCGGCAGCUAUCGGGCAGCAGCUGUGGAGGGAACUGCUUGACACGAUGGCUGCUGAGGCGACGAGGCUCAGAAACCUGCUGGGCCUCCCAGAGAAAGACACAUGGGUCGAUACACCCCCGAGCUCUGACCCCGAUCUGGUGGAUAAGAGCGAGCACAAGGGAGGAGCAGCUGCCACAGAGGGGAGCGGGACGAGGUCCAGAAUUAAAGACGACAACAAAGGGGAGUCCCAAUCAGCGGAGGCGAAGGGGGAAAAGGACGGCAAAAAGAAGGGGAGACGAAGGGAGGAAGUGGGGAAACGCACUCGGGAAAAGCAAGACAAGGAAACGGCCUCGCUGACCGAUAUCCCCGCAGACGGCGCUGGUCAACAACCUCCGAAUGUCGAGCUGGAGGCCGUUUACACGGGAGUCCUGCACAAAAAGGUGUACGUGCUGAUGGAACACCUGGUGGGUAACCUGUGUGACCUGAUGGCUGAGCUGGACGAGGGGACAUGAACUGGACACGCGCACCGUCGUGCAGUAACACGUGAGAGGCGGGCAUGGAGCCCAUCACGCAAAUGUAGACUUUAAAAACGUGUCGCAGAGGAUUCCGUGAUCUCUUG